UACAGGAUAUACCUGUUCGAGCGGGAUAGUUCGCGUUUCCUCUCUAUGGUUAUCUCCGGCGGUCCACCGUUUGUGAAUUCCGCAGCCGCUUGCUGGAGCUGUGAGUUACAGACCGGAAGGAGCCCUUGAGAGCGAAGCUUGUCUUUUCCCCCUGUUGGGAGUAAGGGCAGUAGGUCCAGUUGGCACCCCACAGAGUGAUGUUUGCCCUCCGUCCAGGGGCUCUCUGAGCGCGGCUGUUUGAGUCCGCCACGGGGCAGAAGACUUGGCUCAAGGGUUUCGCGGUCCACUCACCCUAAUCGAGACUGCUAUGAUUUACUCAGAAAUAAGCUCCAUUGAAUUCUGCAAGAUUUACUUAUAAAACUGCAAAGAAAGAACCCAGCUCAAAUUUAAUCUCCCCUCGGACUUCGCUAGAGAGUUGUAGGAAACCACUGUAGUGCAAGUGCGGGAUAAUAACUUGACUGAUAAUGACUUGCUAUGGCGCUUCCAGAAUUGUAACAAGAUAGAUAUCUAAAGCAGUGAACUCUCUAGGCUAUAUUAAUCUAAACGUUGUUAUAAUUGUCCAAAUCUUUAAGCAAAACUAACUUUCGUUUGCACAAAGGUUUUGAUGUGUUCAGAACUACCGUCUACUUAUGGGCAAUUUAUUAUUUUUAAUUUGAACCUUAGCCUAACAUUCAAACCAAAUUUUACUUAGUGUUGAUAGCUACAGGGACAGUGAAUGAUCUAUGACACAGUACAGGAUCUUGUGUAUCAAUAAUUUUUCAUAGUUAAAAGUAUCUCCAAGUAUCUAUUUUCUGCAUAUUCUGCAUAUUCUCUGCAUAUUUUCUGCAUUUUCUGCAUAUUCUUAUUGCUAUUUUUCUUUUUUCUUACGCAAAAUAUUGAAUACAGAGUACAGGAAAGUAUCUUCUCAAUGGCUUUAAGAAAUAGUCUUAAUUUUAAUGAACUGCUAAUUUCUUAAAGCAGUGGCAUCUUUUUUUCAGACUCACAUGGAUGCUUGAAAAUGAUCAGUCUCUUGAACAGAGGAGAGAUGUUCUCAAAGAAAGUCCUAGUUUCACAGAAUUGAAUUAAAAUAUUUGACAGUUGGGUAAACUAAUGGUUAAUGCAACACUUCUCUCAAGAUUUACUUCUCUGGUCUCCCCCCCCCCCCCAGAAAUACAGUUUUUAAUUCAUUUGGAAGAAUUACGCCUUGGGAAGCAGACAAUGUCAAUUGUAUGUUAUCUGCCAGCUGGGUGGAUGCUAGAUCACCUCUCUUUUAUAAAUAAAUCUGGAUACUAUUUUUGCCACCAUCUUGAGCAGUCAGCUAAGGAUAGUUUUGACAAUACUGUUAUUCCUGCUUCCUCUGGUACAAGUUUGAUUCCCAUAAAAUCAUGUACAAAAAAAACUAUUUCUGAAUUUAGAAACUCAGGAGAAAAAUCUAAUCGGAUAGUAAAGAAGACGUAUUUAUUUCAAGAAGAAUUUUUUAACGUACUUAAGCCCCAUAUUCCUGCAAGCUUCCAGACGGAAAAGCAUAGUCUAGAAACUAGUAUAUCUGAACAGCAGAAAAAUGACAAGGACAAAAAACCUAUUACUACAAUUAAGGCUAAAAAGAAACGGAAAAGAAGCAGUGAACUUAAUCAUGGCGAAAGUGAUAUCUUAGAGUAUCAUUUAAAGAUCAGUGGCAUAAUUUUGGAUGGGACCAGAUGUUUAAUCCAGGAGGCACGCAGAAGUGGUUUCCUUCAGCCUAAUUCUAUAGACCAAUUUUAUGUCAAGGCAUCUGACAAAGGACCCAAUAAUUGCAGUUUGGCUGAGCUUUGCGAGAUGGCCAAGUGUUUCGUUUCUAUGAAUGAAAAAGAGCAGAAGUGUGUAAUAGACAAGGAAACCUCUGACCCAGAACAAGUUCAAUUAACCUGUGUUACUGAAAAUAAUACAAACAAUGCAAAGAUGUUAACACUAAUGGGACAGAACUACUUAUUUCCCCCCAGAAGUGCAUUUCUUUUAUCAGAUUUUUCGUGUAUGCAGCCACUUUUGAAUUAUAACAAGAAGUAUGACAUAAUUGUUAUAGAUCCACCAUGGGAGAACAAGUCUGUUAAAAGAAGCAAUAGGUAUGGCUUCUUGUCUCACUGGCAAAUCAAAGAAAUUCCUGUCGCAGCAUUGGCAGCUCCAAAUUGUCUUGUGGUUACAUGGGUGACCAACAGACAGAAGCAUUUGCAAUUUGUAAAGAAUGAACUUUAUCCUCACUGGUCUAUACAUCGUAUUGUUGAAUGGUUCUGGGUAAAAAUUACGAAGUCUGGAGAAUUUGUGAUUCCAUUAGAUUCUCUUCACAAAAAGCCAUAUGAAAUUCUUGUACUGGGUAGAGUCCAGGGAAAUACAGAUGUACCACUAGGGCUUUCAGAAGAUGAAAAGUUUUCUGCAAUUCCUGAUCAGAAAUUAAUUGUUAGUGUACCUUGCACUCUUCAUUCGCAUAAGCCACCUCUUUCAGAGAUUUUGAAAGAAUAUACCAAGCCAGAUGUAGAAUGCUUAGAACUGUUUGCUCGGAAUUUGCAACCUGGAUGGACCAGUUGGGGCAAUGAAGUCCUUAAAUUCCAGCACUUGGACUACUUCACUGUUUUACAUGAUAAUGAUGACUAGCAAAUCAUAAUUAUUUUUGAAGGAUUUUAUGUCUGGAUUGGAAUUUCAUCUUUGCUAACCCUAACUCUACAUUGUAAGAUAUAUGUAAACAACCUGGAAUAGUUUUCAAGAGCAGCUCUACAUGAUCAAAGUCAAAAAAUAACAAGUAUGGAACUUAGGUCGUAGAAGUCUUUGCUAUCAGUAAUUGGAGGUGAAGGUACCAGUAGUAUGAUAUCUACAGUAGGACCUCUCCUGGAACAGCCAAUCCAAUAUCUCACAUGUGUCGGUUACUGUGGUAUUUUGCUUCCUAUUCCCAUAUUCCUCCCAGGAAAAUUCUGGAUCAUACCUGCACAUCCAGCCUCUGGCUGUUUGAAAGAUUGGCUGCUAUCAUUGAAAAAUUAUUUCACUUAAAUGUUAUCUAUUGCUUAUUUAUAACUUCUAGUUCUGUCAUUAGAAGUGUUUUACAUUUUUAUGUUUUGAUGCUACACCUUCCUAUUUUGACCAAAAGGGUUAAAAUGAAGAUUAAAAUGUAACUACAUAGUUUUUCACAUUUUCUGGCUUGGAAAUAAUGACUUUAUAAAUGUAAUUAAAGCUUCUCAUAAUAA